CAGGCUGUCGGCGCGACCAGGAAGAAGGGUCAGCAGCCCCGGGGCGCACCGACCGGGGCCUUCAGUCCUUUAAGCCUCACACCAGCCAGGACAUUGUUGAGUCCCCUCUAUCUUCUCCUGGACUCACUUGGUCUUCACGUGCUUUCGGCGUCUCUCACAAUGUCUGGUGGAGAACAGGAACAAAGGAACUACUAUUUGGGUGUGGACGUUGGAACAGGCAGUGUCCGCGCAGCUCUGGUAGACCAGUGUGGUGUUCUCUUGGCUUUUGCAGACCAGCCAAUUAUGAAGUGGGAGCCUCAAUUCAACCACCAUGAGCAGUCCUCCGAGGACAUCUGGGCUGCAUGCUGCAUCGUCACAAAGAAAGUUGUACGAGGGAUUGAUUUAAACCGGAUUCGAGGACUUGGAUUUGAUGCUACAUGUUCUCUGGUUGUUUUGGAUAAGCAGUUUCGUCCUUUACCAGUAAACCACGAAGGAGAUCCCCAUCGAAACAUCAUCAUGUGGCUGGACCAUCGAGCAGUCAGCCAGGUCCAGAGGAUCAACGAGACCAAGCACAGGGUCCUCCAGUAUGUCGGGGGAGUGAUGUCUGUGGAAAUGCAGGCCCCAAAGCUUCUGUGGCUAAAAGAGAACUUGAGAGAGACUUGCUGGGAUAAGGCGGGACAUUUCUUUGAUCUCCCAGACUUCUUAUCAUGGAAGGCAACAGGUGUCACAGCACGGUCUCUCUGCUCCCUGGUGUGCAAAUGGACAUACUCAGCAGAGAAAGGCUGGGAUGACAGUUUCUGGAAGACGAUUGGUUUGGAGGACUUUGUAGCAGACAAUUACAGCAAAAUAGGAAACCAAGUGCUGCCUCCUGGAGCUUCUCUGGGAAAUGGACUCACACAGGAGGCAGCAGAAGACCUGGGCCUUCCCGCUGGGAUUGCGGUGGCAGCCUCUCUCAUUGAUGCCCACGCAGGAGGACUAGGAGUGAUUGGAGCAGAUGUGGAGGGUCACGGCCUCGCCUGUGAGGGACAGCCAGUGACGUCACGGCUGGCCAUCAUCUGUGGAACGUCUUCUUGUCACAUGGGGAUCAGCAAGGACCCGAUUUUUGUACCCGGUGUCUGGGGACCUUAUUUCUCAGCCAUGGUGCCUGAAUUCUGGCUGAACGAAGGUGGUCAGAGCGUUACUGGGAGAUUGAUAGACCACAUGGUGCAGGGUCAUGCUGCUUUCCCAGAACUACAAGCGAAGGCCACAGCUAGUUGCCAGAGUGUAUAUGCAUAUUUGAACAGUCACCUGGAUCUGAUUAAGAAGGCUCAGUCUGUGGGUUUCCUCACUGUUGAUUUACAUGUUUGGCCAGAUUUCCAUGGCAACCGGUCUCCUUUAGCAGAUCUGACACUAAAGGGCAUGGUCACUGGAUUGAAGCUGUCUCAGGACCUUGAUGAUCUUGCCAUUCUCUACCUGGCCACAAUUCAAGCCAUUGCUUUUGGGACUCGCUUCAUUAUAGAGGCCAUGGAGGCAGCAGGCCACUCCAUCACUACUCUUUUCCUGUGUGGAGGCCUGAGCAAGAAUCCUCUUUUUGUGCAAAUGCAUGCAGACAUCACUGGCAUGCCUGUGGUCCUGUCACAAGAGGUGGAGUCUGUUCUUGUGGGUGCUGCUAUUCUGGGUGCGUGUGCCUCGGGGGAUUUCACUUCUGUACAGGAAGCAAUGGCAAGAAUGAGCAAAGUUGGGAAAGUCGUGUUCCCGAGACGUGAGGAUAAAAAGUAUUAUGACAAGAAAUAUAAAGUAUUCCUGAAGCUGGUUGAACACCAGAAGGAGUAUGCAGCAAUCAUGCAUGGGGACUGAACAGGGCUUGUAGCUGUGUUCCUUCAUGGAGGACCUCCAUCAGUUCAUCUUGUUUACAAGACCCUUUCAAUAUCAGAUCAUUAUUUCUGUAUUGUCUGCAAAUAAAGAAAACUGAGACACGU